GUUAGACACCGUCCGUAAGAAAUUGGGAGUUCACGGUCGGGGAAGGUGAGGUACAACUCCGUUCCCGCCACGCCUCUCGUUGUCUUUCCGAUGAUCUCAUCCCUCUUUUAAAACCCCUUGCCGGCGCCUCGCCGCAUAAUCGUUCUCUUCUCCGCAAGCGCGCGCUUUCGUCUGGCACGAUCGCCAUGGAGGACGAGAGGAAUGGCAGCGGAUCUGCUGCCGAGAAGAGCCGCUUCUUCCGUGACGCGCGCGUGGAGGCGAUGCAGCGGCGCGUCGACGCGGUGCACUCCGAGGCCGAGGACCCCUACACGAUCUUCCGCCUCCCGGCCACCGUGCGCGGGCGGCACCCGGACCUGUACGAGCCCAAGGUCGUGUCCGUGGGGCCCUACUACCACGGCCGCGCCGGGCUCGGCGCCGCGCAGCAGCACAAGUGGCGCCUCCUCCGAGACUUCCUCUCUCGGGGGAGCAGCGAGAACGCCGACGACGGCCAGCUGGGCGCGUGCCUGCGCGCGGCGUCCGCGCUCGAGGCCGACGCGCGGCGGUGCUACGCGGAGGGGUUCGACGAGGUGGGCGCCGACGACUUCGCGGAGAUGCUGGUGCUGGACGGCUGCUUCCUGCUGGAGUUCUUCCUGCGCAAGGGCGAGGGGCAACUGGCGGCGCCGGGGGGCGCCAAGUGGGCGUGGCAGCACAUGUACCACGACGUGCUCCUCCUGGAGAACCAGAUCCCCUUCUUCGUCCUCGAGAAGCUGCACGCGCUCGCCUUCCCCGGCGAGGGCGAUCGCGACGCGCUCCUCGACAUCUUCUACAAGGCCUUCGCCGGGGACCUGCCGUCGAGCCGUGCCAUCCGGCCGCGCAGCGGCAAGACGAUCCACCACCUGCUGCACCUGCACUACGAGUGCAACGUGCGCAACCCGUCCACGGACGCCGGCGACAUCAAGGCGCGCAAGGCCAACGGCAACGGCAGCGGCGACGCCAACGGCGCGUCGCUGGCCGUGUGGAAGCAGUCGCCGGUCCCGUCCCCGCGGUCCAGCGACGGCGCCGUGAAGGGCCGGCUGACGUCGAUGGUGCCGCAGGCGGCCAAGAUGGAGGACGCCGGCGUGACGUUCAAGCGGAAGCCGACCCCGCGCGACAUGUUCGACAUCAGCUUCCGGUACGGCGUGCUGCACAUGCCGGCGUUCGUGGUGGACGAGGCCGCCAAGGUGCUGCUGGCCAACCUGGUGGCGUUCGAGCAGGGCGGCGGCCGCGCCGCGAGGCAGCUGGACGGGGGGAACCUGGUGACCGGGUUCGUGGCGCUCGUGGGGUCUCUGGUGAACACGGCGCGGGACGUGGAGGUGCUCCGGCGGAGCGGGAUCAUGCACUGCAUGGUCACCCACGACGAGGCCGUCAGGUACUUCAGCCACGUGGUGCAGUACACCACCAUGGACUACGACCGCCACCUGCUCGCCUGCUUGUUCCGGGACAUCCGGGAGCACUGCCAAUGGAGCCGAUGAUCCAUCGUGCGCACGCACGCGCGGGUGCUGCCGGAUCACACAGCCGUUUCAUUUUCCGAGAGUCUCACUUGGCUUUCUUUACACGCCGAUAAAAAGCCAAUGACUUCUUUGUUCUUCCCUUUUUUUUGUAGUAUACUCAUCGUGCAAGGCAGCCCGUUUGUUUAACUAAUAGUUUGUUCCAUUUUCCUUCUAUUUUAUUUAUUCUUAUUUGGCUUU